GCUUGUUUCUCUCUACUUUAUAAACUUUAUAAAGCUUGUUAAAAGGGCCUUUUUUCACAUAUUGAAGUUUAAGGUGACUUAGAGUUCAUUCAGAUUUGAGGUGAGUUUCAAUUCAGCUUUUCGGCAUAACAGUAGCUCUUGAAGUUUUGGCGCCAACGGUAGUAAUUUGCCGUGCGGUUUGCAGAACUGACUUACAUGGUUUUUACUAGCUACGAAAUUGUUUAAAAUUAAUAAGUUAUGUGUACUUCAGCUCAUCUCUCAGUAAUUUCUCUAAACCUUUUGCUUGUUCUUACGUACAUCGGGCAUCGGCGGACCCGGCUAUCUCGGAACCUGGAACAGGCUAUCUAAAACUGGGCCCGCAUGAUCAAGAGAAGAAAGAAACUAUGAAAAACCAAACGGCAAAGGUCUCUUUAAGCGAAACCUUGACGCCCACCAGGCUGAAACCUGACAUAACGAGCUCGAGUAAAACCAAAAUUUCACAGAACAAGUCAGCUGUUUCUCCUAUAUUUCAAACUGGCGCCUAAUUUUUAAUAAUACUCUCUUAACUUUACGAUAGAAAACGUCGCAGAAAAAUAUUCAGCGAAAAUAAGAGCGGUUCCCUCUCCACCCUCCACAAUUUCUCCCCAACUUUUUUUUCUCCAGGCCUAUUUUUCAGAUUUUUCCUUGCGCUUUACUAUUUAAUAGGUUAUUCUAGGCUAGUUAUCCGUAUUCCAGCCUUUUUGUGAUGCGGGCAUAAAACACUGAAGGAACGUCCAAGUAAGCCUACUGUCAGGCACUCAAAGGGGAAAGUAACCGUGACUCUUAAGGCUUUCUUUUUUGCAAUCUAGUUUUACCCUCACUUAAACCAAGUCCCAUUUUAUCCUUUAAAUUUUGUAAUGAAAGGUAAAUUUCUUAUAUUUUUCAGACCCACAAGACUUCAGCUACAGCUUCAUAGUUUAUCAUGUACAACCCUUCUUCACAUCCUGAUAUGUUGCUUUUGUAAAAAUGUUGGGAAGCAUUAUUUCCCUUGAAAGUUUUAUUGAGCUUUGCAACCACUCUGCCACUGACCUACACUCAUUGUUAGUUAAGAUAACUAGCCACUCUGCCGUUCAGGGAAUCAAUGGACUCGACCUCUUUGGAGAGAUAUUAUUCAAUAAUCUUGCUUUUGUCAUACUNGGGGAAAGUAACCGUGACUCUUAAGGCUUUCUUUUUUGCAAUCUAGUUUUACCCUCACUUAAAGCAAGUCCCAUUUUAUCCUUUAAAUUUUGUAAUGAAAGGUAAAUUUCUUAUAUUUUUCAGACCCACAAGACUUCAGCUACAGCUUCAUAGUUUAUCAUGUACAACCCUUCUUCACAUCCUGAUAUGUUGCUUUUGUAAAAAUGUUGGGAAGCAUUAUUUCCCUUGAAAGUUUUAUUGAGCUUUGCAACCACUCUGCCACUGACCUACACUCAUUGUUAGUUAAGAUAACUAGCCACUCUGCCGUUCAGGGAAUCAAUGGACUCGACCUCUUUGGAGAGAUAUUAUUCAAUAAUCUUGCUUUUGUCAUACUAACCAAAUGGAAGCCUCUUCUGUUCAUAUCCACAAUGGCCUUCUGCUCCUUCAGGCUAUUACAAAAGACAUGUAUGUGGAAUUUGUUGUAAUGUAAUAAGAAAUAUUUCGUUGAAAAGAUUGGAAGUGCUUUGACUAAAAAAUGUUGUCAUUUUUAGAUAUUUUUUUACGUCCUUUGGUUCAACCAUCCAUUCUAUUUAUUUCUUUAUUUCAAUUUGUAGCGAAAUUUUAAUAAGGUAUACAAUUCGUUCUGCAAACAGCCUGGAAGAGGCGUUGCCUAGUCCCUAGGCCUCAUUAUUCCGAGCGGCCAAAGCGUUUCAGGUCACGUGGUCCAAGCGAAAAUGCGAGUUUCCCGCCCGUUCGCCUCGGUAUGUUACCGAGGUGAAUUGACCGAGAGGGACUGCAGUAUAUACAGGGACUAGGGAAAAAAUGGCGAGUACGAUAUAGUGAGCAGUUUAAUUGUUUUAAAAUACUUUUUUUUCAGUUAAAAAGGUGGAGGUCCGGCCUGUCAAACGUGCUUUCUCCUUGUCCAGGUUGUUUAAAAUGGUUAAGGUAUGGGUGAAUACAUAAUGAUUAUAGGUCAUUUUCACCAUGACGAUAUUUUCAUGACUACAACUUGAACCACCAUAAUUCAAUAAGUUUUUGCUGUCUUAUUUAACUUUGCCGGUGAAUCCCAUUGAGGUUUAAAAAACAAAAACGUUAAUUUACACAAGAAAACAACAAACUGAAGCAUUCUGGUAGUCGAAGUAAAAUUACAUCUUUAUAAUUGCACAAACCAGUCAGCAAAACCUACAGACCUAAAAAUGAUAUUUUUUGGCUUUUGUAACGUUUAGUUUUGCUUUUUGAUACCUUAUCCUUCGAAUGCGCUCGUAGACAUGUCAGACAUAUGGUGGAGAUUCUAUUUUCGCGGGAAAAAGUGCCCUAAAAUGUGUCUAAAAAUAAAAUGGUUCGUAAACCCGCCGUGACAUAGGCUUAGUAUGGAAUUUGCUCGCUCCGGAUUAUGGACUCCUGACAGGAUCGGAUGUUUCCAUUUUCUUCCGAUUGGAACUGCUUAUGACCCCGUCCCUCACAUGCAAUCUGAUGAAAACUACCCUUGAGUGUGGGAAGCAGAAGCUGAAGGACAAAAUAAUCAAAAUGUUCGUUUCACGCCUUGUGAUUGGUUUAGAGUUUCCUCUUCUACUUGUUACAGACCCCGACAACGAAAUUCUCACUAAAUCGUAAGUGAGGGAGUCUUAAGCGGAAUCCCAACACUGUUUUUACAAACAAUACGACGCAGUCUUCGCUUCUGAUUACGACUAGUGAAAACCAGCCUUAUGUAAGAUAUACAAAACGAAAAACAAAAAUGUGAAAAAAACGAAAAGUGGUGAUAUAUGGGUUCAAAAGUUGUAAUGUUGUCUGUACAAGAAGAAAGAAAGAAAUACACUCACACUGGGAACCCCGAAAAUGUGUCUUAAAACCUGCAGAAGUAUAACAAUGACCCAUGACGUUUAUGUAAGGAUCCUUAUCGUCACUGUCAUUCUUGCUACAGAACGCCCAUUCGCCUGGUGUUACCGAAGAUAUCAUAUCCCUUAUCGAAAAGCACAAUAUUGAUGUAAAUAGCAAACAUCCAAAAUCAGAGUCUGGAUUAAGUUUGUUUCUGGUAAGUGAAAAUUUUCAGUGUAUUGCUCAUCAAACCUUCAGUGCUAUAUUUUGCAAUUAAAGAGUAAGCGUUACUUUUCACAGUAAAAUUACAUUCCAGGUUUAACCUGCUAGUACAAUUUUGCCACAAAAUCUUAGAAUCGAUAGUACCAGAAAUAAGUACAAACUGAAUAAGAUGCAAAACAAACGGCUAACGAAAGACUUCACUACCGAGGGUUAGGAAGAUCUGCAUGUGUCCCAAUCGGUUAAAAGUAUCAACGGGAACUAACCUGGCUUUAUCAUUGAAUCUUUAGUGUGCUUGUUUAAGCGGGGACAGCAGUCUCGUAACAUAUAUGUUAAGUAAAGGUAAGUAAAUUCACCCAUUACACUUAACUAAAACGCGCUUUAUUUGCGUGUCGAUGUAUUUAUGCACUAAAGUACUAAUUGAGGACUAUUUUUACUCCUGAUAGUUCGAGCCACGUUUAAUCUAGCCCUUCGCAUGGGCAAAGGUGGAACCUUCAUUUCUCGGUUACUUUUAAGAGAGUAUUAGUCUAGGCUCGGGAAUCGAGCCUCUCACUGUAAACCCUCCUGAUACUUAUCAUGGGUAUAAGGGCAAGAAUAACCUGUGGAAGGCACAAUAAAAUAAUAUUUGACAUUUCAUAAGUACAAAAUCUUAUGUCUGAUAGGUGCAGAUAUCAAUUCUAACACCACUUGUAAAGACGGUGCUCUUCAUCUUGCAAGCUUCUGCUGUGCCAAGCAAAAUCUCAAGAAUGGUCUUGGUAUAAUUACCUCCCUGUAUCAAGCAGGUAUAUUGUUAAGAAAUCAUCAUAAUAAGCCACCUCCGAGUUUCAAAAACCCUCACUUUCAAAAUGAGGCCAAGUGCACAACCUUUCUUGCGAAAAUAAGUUUUAUUUACAUUGGAAUGAGAAAUAAUUUCCAUAUCAAGGGCUUAGCAGUUAACCUCGUCUUGAUAAAGAGGCCCUGGGGAAUUGGCCUAUUUAAAUUUAAACUAAUCUCUAUUAAACUGACUUUGACGCUUUCUGUAGAACUGAGCCAAGAAGUGAAAAUUUUUUAAAAAAAUAUUUUAAAAAAAUUAAUAAUAUAUUGGUCGAAUGACUAUCACAGGGACCCUGCGUGGCUUUGUAUUUGUAUUUGUUCGGAUAUCGUAAAAGGAGAUUUCAACAGCCUACCCGCGGCCUCUCCUAAGGGCAUUGGGUGUUGGUAGUAAUUGUAUCUUUCUCGGUGUUUUUUGAUACUAAUGCAAAUUUACUAUAAAAAGAAAAACCCCGACGAAUAAGAGUGUUGACUUAUUUUUACUCUAUUUAUUUGCUCGCUGCAGAUGCUAAAUAUGUUUUUUCCUUUGAACAUCGCUAGGUUGCAACAUCAAUUCAAAAAACUGGCUUGGUAAUACUCCAUUAUGCAUUGCUGCUUCAUCUGGAAACUGCGACCUUAUCCAACACUUAAUAUCUCUAGGUAUGCAGUGAGUUUAAACCUUGCAAUAACUUUGUUAAAAUUUUGCCGUACCAAGUGCUUCAAAAUCGAUUACUUCAGCUUCGGUUGGGGUGUAAAAUCCUGAUUUUUCUUUCAAAAAUUUUUAAAAAAUCGAGCAUCAAGAAAUAUUAUAAGUCGAGUACAAAAGCAAAACCUUUCAGCCGUUGUGAAAUAUUAUAUGCUGCAAAAGGGCGGAAAUAUAUAUAGAAUCUUAAUUUUGUUACAAAAAUCUACUGCUUCUUUCCACGUCAACUAGAACAUGUAGAAAGAGUGAUAACUCGUUAUUUUCUUUUGGAACCCACCAAUAGGUGGAGAUAAAAGCGUUUGCAAUAAUGACGGAAUCUACGCAAUGGACUUUGCUACGAAUGCUGGUAAGGAGAAGUACAAAGGAAAAUAAUGUAUACUGUUACCGAUCGAUCUCUAAUCUGCCUGCUAAGAAAGCUCAGGUACUGUUGAUAGCGGAAGCAAUUUGCUGUUGCACCUGUUCUGUACUCUCUGUAAGUAUCUGAUAUCACACUGAAAUGCUAGGAAAGCAGAGCCUUGAAGAGCGUCGGUAAUCAGUAUUUCACAAUUAGAGGUACAUAGGCCAACAUGCUGUUUCCUUGGCUUAGCAACUUCUUGUAUGAUUACUUUGACACCAAGUUUACAUCCAUGCACAGGUCACCUAGACGCGGCAAAGUUGUUAGCUAUUGACGUCCCGAACCCACAUGUAUGGGACAUUGUAGACCCUCAUACUCCUCCACGAGUUAAACUCGGUCUCCAAAGUCCUUCGAAACAGCAUUUGGUGUAUUCAUCCUUCAGGAAGAGACGUCUGGAUUUCUGCAGUCUUGUUAAGUAG